CACACACACACACACACACGUUGCGUAGUUUUUGCGUGCGUGCGUGUGCGUGGGGGAAAGGCCGUACCGGAAAGUACGGCGCGGCGGACUUGCUUCGGAAGACGGAAAAACCCCUGGUUACUGAUCAAUUCGAGGUAUGCACCGGUUCGGACAAGUUUGCGUCUCUGUCGCGCUCGCGCUCGCUCUCUGUCGGUAGUGGAGGUGGUGGUGUUGUUAUUGUUUUUGUGAUUGCGCUUUGUGAUUGACCAAUUCGUGCCCGCCCUCCCACGGAAGGAGCGAAGAAAGCGACAUCGUGAGCAUCGGAGAAGAAAGACCGCCGAAUCGGUCGGUGGCUAGCAAACGAGCGAGAUAGCUUGGCGCGAUAAUAUUCAAGGUGAUAUCUCAUGCGCGCAGGUACCCAAGCCUCCGAGCUCCAAAGCGGUCCCACGCCGCACAGCAGCAGGAGUGGUGCGUCGCGUCGAGAAGCUCUACGAGCUGCUGCUGGGAACUUUUAAAAACAUGCGUUUGACACACACCUCCUCAGUCGAAUGAGCAAAGCUCGGUGAGACAGUUCGUGCGCGGCGCGCUAGUGCAACCGUUUUUUGCAGUGCGUGCUCGGGAAGACGCGCACCGGGGAUUGUCCCGCAUCGCUUCAUGUGUGUGUUUGUGUGUUUGUGUGUGUGAAGUGGCCAAACAGAUCGUAACGACGUUUUAACGUGUACAGCAAUUAGCUUCAACUACAGACACGUUCGUCCGUACGAAUUCAUAUGCGUCGCGUCAUAUUACUGUAGUCUCUCUACAGGUACGGUGCUGUAGGAACCGGUGUUAGUGCCUUGUGAUCGCACCAAUCCAUACGAAGGUGUGUCAUUUCUACCCAGGGGAGGUGGAAAUACUAACACACACAGCGGGGGAGAGUGAGAGAGAUAGAUCACCUCUCGCACACAGAAACGCGGAAAGGCCACCCCGCGAAGGCGCGACUGUGUUGUUAUAAAAGUGGCUAACCUGCACGACAGCGUGCUCACAGUGACCGGAAGCACAUCAGCCAGCGAAUCUACCAGGGUACCCGCCAGCAGUACGUGAAGAUUCGUGUCAGCAUGCAAUCAACCGGCAUGGUAGGAGUGGCGACACUGUCGUUGCUGAUCGUUGCGUUCUGUCAAAUUGUAGUCGCACAGUUCCACCAGUGCACUGGCGGCGAGACCUGCAUCAACAUCAACGAGUGUCCACGGUUCGGUCCACACUACCACGAGCCCGCCAAAUGGUCCGAUAGCUUGCGGAACGAAUUCCGGUCGAAGGUGUGCAAGCGUGAGCAGAGCAAUGGCAAGAAUCUGUACAAGGUGUGCUGCAAGCGGGCAGCCACAGGCAACAAGAACAACCGUGAGCGCGGACUGGCCACGCUCGAUCUGGAGGGGUGCGGCGCGUACUCGGAGGAUCGGAUCGCGUUCGGCCAGGACGCCAGGCUGUUCCAGUAUCCCUGGAUGGCGUUGCUGAAACAAAGGGCCGGCAACUUCGUCUGUGGCGGAACGCUGAUCAACGAACGCUACGUCCUGACCGCUGCCCACUGUAUCAAGAACAACGAUAUCACCACGGUACGGUUAGGCGAGUUCGAUCUGAGCACACCGAUCGACUGUGACAAGCGGGGGGAGCAGUGUGCCCCGCCACCCCAAGACCUUUUCGUCGAGCAGACGAUCGUGCACGAAGCGUACAGUGCGCGGCGUAAGGAGAACGACAUUGGGCUGAUCCGGUUGGCAAAAGAGGCGGAGUACAAUGACAAUGUGCUGCCAAUCUGUCUGCCCGUGACGCCGGCAAUGCGCACCACGCAGACGACCUACUUCGUGGCCGGCUGGGGUGCGACUGAGUCGGCCCCCUCCUCAAACCGGCUCCAGUUUACCAAACUCAGCCUGUUGUCCAAUGAUCAGUGUGUGCAGAAGCUGCUACGGGUGGACUCGUUCGCCAAGGUAAACAAUGAUCAGAUGUGUGCGAUCGGGGCCAAUCUGACUGACAACUGUACCGGUGAUUCGGGCGGCCCGCUCAAAACAAUCAGUAUAAACGCACGCUAUGUACAGUACGGUGUGGUGUCGUACGGGCUGCGCACUUGCGGCAAGCAGAGUGCACCGGGCGUGUACACGCGGGUCGAGAACUAUGCCGAUUGGAUACUGGAGCAUCUGGAAAAGUGAGGGUGAGAGAGAUUGGUAAAAAGAUAAAAAGAGAGAAAGAGAGAGAGAGAGAGAGAAAAAAAGAGA